AUGCUGCUCUGAGGCUUGUUGAUCUGAUUGGAUGGCGCAUGGAGUCCAUCUGCGCUGAUUGGCUGUUAGGCAUGCAUCGUCGUAGCGCUGAUUGUAAUAAAGCAACGCGUAGUUCCAGUGAAGGCAGCUCGGGCAGCGCACACAGAACGGACUGCAGAGAUGAGCCUACGGACAGUAGCACUUUUAGGUCUCACCCUGAGCCUGGGGCUGGUAGUGAGUGGUUUUCCUGCCGAGCAGCCAGAAAAUGGGAAGCACUGGGUCGUUAUUGUGGCUGGUUCGAAUGGCUGGUACAAUUACAGACACCAGGCCGAUGUAUGCCAUGCAUACCAGAUUGUCCAUAAGAAUGGAAUUCCCGAUGAGCAGAUUGUGGUGAUGAUGUAUGACGAUCUUGCUAAAAGCCCAGAUAACCCUACUCCAGGAAUGAUCAUAAACCGACCCAAUGGAUCAGAUGUUUACAAAGGAGUGCUGAAGGACUACACUGGUGACGAUGUGACUCCUCAGAACUUCCUGGCGGUGUUAAAAGGUGACGCUGAGAGUGUAAAAGGAGGCUCUGGAAAAGUGCUGAAAAGCGGUCCAAAUGAUCAUGUGUUUGUGUAUUUCACUGACCAUGGAGCCCCAGGUCUACUGGCCUUCCCUAAUGAUGAUCUUCUUGUAGAUGACCUGAUGAAAACCAUCAAGUACAUGCACCAAAACAACAAAUACAAGAAGAUGGUGUUUUAUGUUGAAGCCUGUGAAUCUGGCUCUAUGAUGAAGCCUCUGCCGGUUGAUAUUAAUGUCUAUGCUACCACCGCUGCCAACCCUGAUGAGUCCUCAUAUGCCUGUUACUAUGAUGAAGCCAGAGACACCUACUUGGGAGACUGGUACAGCGUUAACUGGAUGGAAGACUCUGAUGUGGAGGAUCUUGGCAAAGAGACUUUGGCCAAACAGUUUAAGAUCGUAAAGGCCAAAACCAACACCAGCCAUGUAAUGCAGUAUGGAAACAAGACACUGUCCCACAUGAAGGUGAUCGCAUUCCAGGGUAAUUCGAAAGGUCUUGAUAAGGCACCGGAGCCUGUGUCUUUGCCUGUGAUUACUGAACAUGACCUCAUAAGCAGCCCUGAUGUGCCCCUUGCAAUCAUGAAGAGAAAACUCCAGAAGUCCAACGACGUUAAUGCUGUUGUCGGUUACAUGAAAGAAAUUCAUGAACAUCUACAGGUGAGGGAGCUGCUUGGUAAUACCAUGCGUAAGAUUGUGGAGCAUGUGGUGCAGGAGAAAGAGGAAGUGCAGGAUUACCUGGAAGGACGUGAAGAACUCACGGAGUAUGACUGUUAUAAAACCGCGGUCAAUCACUACAAGAAACACUGCUUUAACUGGCACCAGCAGGAGUAUGAAUAUGCUCUGAGACACCUGUACGCUUUAGUAAACCUGUGUCAGGGAGGACACCAGGCCCAGAGAAUCACAACAGCCAUGGAUGAUGUGUGUUACUUCAGACAGUAGCAACAAGAACUUGUAAGCCCCUGAAGACUUGCUCUGGAUGGACUACUCUUUGCACAAAAGAAUCUGACCGUGGUGGAAAUCUGUAUCAUCACACACAACUUUGAUUUUUAUCUUUUUGAAAUGUUUCUUUUAAUGAGGACUUGCACUUUUAAUGUGAUGUUUUACUGAUCUACAUUUGUUUAAAAAAAGAAAUGUGCUUUAAGAUACUGCCCAGUGACCUCUGACAGACAUUUUGGGCUGUUCAAUGUUUUUUUUUUUUGUAGUUGUUGUUGUUGUGGGUUUUCUUUCCUUCAGAUGGCUCCUGAAGGAUUUUGUUUUGGGGUUUUUUUGUACAACUAUAUAACUUUGGACCUCAAUUACUGUCAUUUUUAGUUAAAAAAAAAAAAAAAAAAAAAAAAAAAGCUUUUAAGAUUUGGAAACCAAAGUAUUAAAUGUCCAGUCACUGAAUAAAGUCCAAUCCCUCAGGAUGUUUAAUAGAUGCAUUCAAGCAAAUCUAAAUCAAACACUAUAUAAACACAUUUAGCUACAUGCUGCACUAAGAUUUUUUGUUUGUUUGUUUUGGGUUUUUGGGUUUUUUUUAUCUGCUUGUUGACUGAGCCAUGACAAUACCCAAUUUCUCUCUAGCUCUUCUUAGGUAUACAUUUAGUCAAUAACCAAUCAAACAAAAGUGUAAACUAACCUAACCUGAAGUCUGUGGUCAUACUUAACAAGUGUCUUAAAUCACUGAGAUAACUGCUCCAAAACAACUGCAGUUAAUGAGCAGGUGUGUUUAGUGUAAUGGUGGAUGUGUCAGGCUGUGCUAUUAUGUCAAGUGCCCUCUGUUUAGAGUAAUUUGAGGCUAAAGGAAGCUGUAAUGUUUGAGGAGUGUUUGCUGGAGUUUGAGUUUUGUAAGAAAAGUGAGCUUGCACUGACAACAUAGGUGAAAACACUCUAUGAAACAAUACUCUGUGAAUGAAUUACUGUCAAUGUUAAGCAGUGAGUUAUUGAUUAUAAAAGUAAAAAUAAACCUGAAUUGAGUGAA